GUUAGCUGGAGUCAUGAGAUUUACAGGAAUCAGAGGAGGAACAGAAAGAGAAAGUGAAGAGUUCAGACUCCAUUUUACAGCCGACAGAGGACAACAAGACUGACUGAAGUCCACAAGAUGAGGGACUGUGAGGAGGAGGAGUUUCCAUCCUCCAGCCGUCUGUCCAUGAAGAGUGACUGGUCCAAAGAAGAACCUUAUAACUUCAGUAAAGAACCUGGACCCUCAGACACAAAAGUUCAGACCAACGGACAGAGAGCAGAGUCUGCAGCCUCCAGCUGUUUGUCCAUGAAGAGUGACUGGUCCAAAGAUUUUCCUCUAAACUUCAGGAAAGAAGCUGAACCCUCAGACACAAAAGUGAUGAAGAGGAGGGGAGUUUGUGUGGAGGAGCAGCCGUCCUGCUGCGCUCGGUGUCAGGACGUCCUGAAGGAUCCAGUCUCUAGCAGCUGUGGACACUGGUUCUGCAGACAGUGCAUCAGCUCAGACUGGGACCAGUCUGCUCCAUCAGGACACUCCUCCUGUCCCCAGUGUGGAAAAAGAUCCAGAAGCAGCAGCUGUGGACAAAGUGUUGGUCUGCAGGAGGUUCUGCAGGAACAUAAGAUGAGUCUGAGGAGGAGAUGUGAACAUGUGACUGAAGGAAGUGAUGAAGCAGGAGGUGGAACCCUCCUCAACAGGAUCUACACUGAGCUCUACAUCACAGAGGGACACAGUGGAGAGGCUGAUGUCCAACAUGAGGUGGGGCAGCUGGAGACAGCUUCCAAGAAGAGCCUCCAUGACACUCCCAUCAGGUGCCAGGACAUCUUUAAAGUACCUGAGCAGCAGAGAGCCAUCAGAGUGGUCCUGACCAACGGCGUGGCCGGCGUGGGAAAAACCUUCUCAGUGCUGAAGUUCACUCUGGACUGGGCAGAGGGCGGAGAAAACCAAGACGUCAGUGUGGUGGUGGUGCUUCCGUUCAGGGAGCUGAACUUGAUCAGAGAUGAGCAGCACAGUCUUCUCACGCUGCUCCAUGUUUUCCAUCCAACAUUACAGAAGGUGACGGCAGAGCAGCUGGCUGUCUGUAAACUUUUGUUCAUCUUUGACGGUCUGGAUGAAAGCAGACUUUCACUGGAUUUCACCAACAGGAAGGUUGUGUCUGACGUCAGCCAGAAGUCAUCGCUGGACGUUCUGCUGGUCAACCUCAUGGAGGGGAAUCUGCUUCCCUCGGCUCUGGUCUGGAUCACUUCCCGCCCUGCGGCAGCCAAUCAGAUCCCUCCUAAACAUGUGGACAGGUUCACAGAAGUACGAGGCUUCACCGACGUCCAGAAGGAGGAGUACUUCAGGAGGAGGAUCAGUGAUGAAGAGCGCUCCAGAACAAUCAUCUCCCACAUGAAGACAUCCAGGAACCUCCACAUCAUGUGUCGACUCCCAGUGUUCUGCUGGAUCACUGCUGCAGUUCUGGAGCACAUGUUGAGCACAGAGCAGAGAGGAGAGCUGCCCCAGAGCAUGACUGACAUGUUCUCACACUUCCUGCUGGUUCAGACACAGAGGAAGAAGAAGAAGUACCAUGAGGGACCUGAGACGAGUCCACAGGAGCUGACGGAGGCUGACAGGGAAGUUCUUCUGAAGCUGGGGAGGCUGGCCUUUGAACAUCUGGAGAAAGGAAACAUCAUGUUCUACCAAGAAGACCUGGAGCAGUGUGGUCUGGAUGUGACAGAGGCCUCGGUGUUGUCAGGAGUUUGUACCCAGAUCUUCAGGAGAGAGUGUGAGAUGUUCCAGAAACCAGUCUACUGCUUUGUUCAUCUGAGCGUUCAGGAGUUUCUGGCUGCAGUCUACAUGUUCCACUGUCACACCAACAGCAACGAGGAGGUGCUGAAGAAGUUCCUGGGAGAAAAAUAUCUGAACUCAUCCCUGGAUGUUUUCCUGAACAGUGUCAUGGAGAAAUGCCUUGAAAGCAGAAAUGGUCACCUGGACCUGUUUGUUCGCUUCCUUCAUGGCCUCUGUCUGGAGUCCAACCAGAGAGUCUUAGGAGGUCUGCUGGGUCAGACAGAGAACCGUCCAGAAAUGAUCCAGAGAAUCAUCAAGAACCUGAAGAAGGUGAAGAAAGAAAAUAUCUCUCCAGACAGAAGCAUCAACAUCUUCCACUGUCUGAUGGAGAUGAAGGAUCUCUCAGUACAUCAGGAGAUCCAAGAGUUCCUGCAGUCAAAGAAGAGAUCAAAGUAUCUCUCUGUGAUCCACUGCUCAGCUCUGGGCUACAUGCUGCAGAUCUCAGAGGAGGUUCUGGAUGAGGUGGACCUGAGCAAGUACAAGACAUCAUAUGAGGGAAAACAGAGACUGAUUCCAGCUGUGAGGAACUGCAGAAAGGCUCGACUUUCUAACUGUGGACUCUCAGAGACUCACUGUGAAGUCGUGGCCUCAGCUCUGAAGUCCAACCCCUCCCAUCUGACAGAACUGGACCUGAGAGGGAACAGGCACCUGCAGGAUUCAGGAGUGAAGCGUCUUUGUGAUGGACUGCAGAGUCCAAACUGUAAACUGGAGACUCUCAGAUUGGAGUACUGCUGGCUGUCAAAGAUCAGCUGUGAUUCUCUGGGCUCAGCUCUGAAGUCCAACCCCUCACAUCUGGAACAUCUGGACCUGAGCUUCAACAACCUGAAAGAUUCAGGAGUGAAACAUCUGAGUGGUUUUGUGGAGAGUCCAGACUGCAUCCUGAAGACUCUGAGAUUACAGGGCUGCGGUUUGUCAGAGAUCAGCUGUGAUUCUCUGGUCUCAGCUCUGAAGUCCAACCCCUCACAUCUGGAACAUCUGGACCUGAGCAACAACAAGCUGAAGGAUUCAGGAGUGAAACAUCUGAGUGGUUUUGUGGAGAGUCCAGACUGCAUCCUGAAGACUCUGAGAUUGGAGUUCUGCGGUUUGUCAAAGAUCAGCUGUGAUUCUCUGGUCUCAGCUCUGAAGUCCAACCCCUCACAUCUGGAACAUCUGAACCUGAGCAGGAACUACAACCUGCAGGAAUCAUCAGUGAAACAUCUGUUAGAUCUUGUGGAGAGUCCAGACUGCAGCCUGAAGACUCUGGAAUGUGAGCCAUGGUGGUGAUCAGGAGGAUGUUUGUGGUGAGAGGAUGAAGGGUGUCCUGAUGGUCCAGAGGUUGAAGCAGCAGCUGGUGUGUACAGACUCUGACUGGUCCAUGUUACUGGGAGGUGGAGAGCUUCAUGCAGCAGUGACUGACAGGAACCAAACAGGGAUGAACUCCAGCUGUUCAUCUUCUGCUUCCAGUUAUUUCUCUCCACAUUUCUUCUUCUUCUCCAACAUUAAAGUCCAGUUGAAGUGUCUGACUGCACUCGGUGCAGGAGAUGGAUCACAGAUGGAGCCCUCAUGUUUCCAGAGUUGAAGUGUUGCAGGAGCUCUGGGAGCAGAGCAGCGCUGCACAGGGAGAACACUUCAACAUGGAUGGAGACACGUUUACAUCAGCGACACUUUCUGCUUCAUAGGAACAGUCUCAGAACUGUUUGAUCUUCAGGACAGAAACUUUCACAAAACACCAAAGAAAACCGAGACACAAAACCACAUUAAAGAGAACUUUAUGGAAAACAAUUCAAGAACGACAUCAGUGAGACACAAUCUUCAACCUUCUCCAUGUUUCCUCUCUGCUCAUCAUCUGUAGAAGAUGUUCCUCCAGCUGGAUGGAUCUCCAUCUACUAGAUCCUCUCUUCUCUGUUUCUGCUGCAUUUAUUUCAGUCUCUCUGAGGAAACACUGCCUGCAGUUCAACCUGAAACUCUCUGGAUGCUGAGUCGGUCCUGGAGAACCAGAACCAGGAGGAGGAAGGUUCUGGUUCUCCUGGAUCUUGUUCAGAUGUUUAACCAGAGACCUGGAGAAUAAAGUCACUUUGAUGAAAUGGUUUUCUGAUGACAGAUGAAGAAAGUUGAAAAAUGGCUGAUCUUUGUGUUUUUUCCACUUUGUUUCUGAUGGAUGGAGCCGUUGUGGAGGUUUGUUUUGAAGCCAACAUGUCUGUGAGAAGUUGUGCUGAAGCUCAGUCUCCACUCUCCAGCUGGACUCCAUCCUCAGAUCCGUUUAGAAGGACGCUGGUUCUGACAUAGAUGGAAUGUGUGGUGUGGUGGCUGGAGGCCGGUCUGAUGUCGGGAGCUUUGAGCAGAGAGCUUCAGUCUCACACUUAGUUUGUUUUCCGCUGGGAUCGAUUGAAAUCUGGAGUUGAAUGAGACGUUUUCCAGCUCUGAGGCUCCUCCUCCAGUUCCUGUGUUACCGUGGUGACCAUGUGGAGGGCUGGGUUAGGACGGAGCAGUGAGAUGAUGGGCUGAGAUCCGUCAGCGGUCCGUUCCAAAGCAAACGUGGCUGUAGUUUUGUGCAGACUGAGCUGCUGGCUGUGUUUGGGCUUCAGAGGGUUUGGGUCCUGGUUCUGGUUCCUCAUUUGAAGCCCUCAACUCUUUGCCCUCCUCACCUUUUGUUGUAGCCGCUGGAGCUGAAUGAUUGCUGUGGCAGGAAAAAGGUGAUUUUGGAGCUGCUGUGUGGACCAGCGAAUUUACUGGAUUUUGGUUGAUUUUUAUGUGAAUGUUCUUAAAGAAAAUAUUACAAGUUUUACUGAUAAAUAAGGAAUCACUUUCGAUAUUUUUAGCAUUUUUUGGAAGAUUUUUUACAAUUUUUUGAAAAUAUUUACAAGAAUUUUCUCAAAUUCAGGGAUUUUUUCUUAAAUUUAACUUUUAAGGAAUUUUCUUCCUGCGUUUUUUUGCAAACUUUCAGAAAUUUGGGGAUUUUUUUGCUGAUUUUUUGGGUUUUUUUCAGACAAGGAAACAGUAUUUUUGGUGCCUGUGAAUGAGGACAACAGGAGGGUUAGCGUCCUUACAUGGAUCAGGCCUCACAUUUAUUUUAUAAAUCUGAUUGUCAUAUUAGAUUUAUUGAUUGAUUAGAGCUGCACACAAUCACAGGUCACACUACGUGCAUAUUCAGGGAUUUAUAAAAGAAAAAGAGAUUUUUUAAAGAGUAUUCUGACAAUUUAACCUUUUUUUUUUUACAGGUUUUGACUUUUUUGCUAAAUUAAAGUUCAUAACUCAUUAAAUCCCAGAAAAAAGUCAUUUAUUGAAAACAAGGUAAACUGAAAUAGGCUCAGUAACUGUGUACACAUUUUUAACAUUAUUUUGGAUAAAUUCAGCGUCUUUUGGGACAUUUUUUAAAUCACAGAAACAUUUUGGGAGUCAGUUUAGUCUGAGUCUGUCAUUUUUGGUCGCUUUCUCGUCCUUUUCUGAGUCAUUUUGAACAUUUAAACAUCAUUUUUGGCAGCUUUUGGGACAUUUUAGACAUGUUCAAGUCUCACACUCGAGCGAUUUUGGACAAUUUUCAAGAAUUUUCUGUCAUUUUAGAUCAAAUUUGCAUCAUUUUUGGACAAUUCUGAAUUAUUUCUGGACAUUUUUCAGGUUUUUUUGGACAAAUUCAAUGUGUUUUUGGACAUUUUUGAAAAAUUCAAACAUUUUGGGAGUCAGUUUGGGUAAUAUCUGUCAUUUUUUGUAAUUAUUUCAGAGAACUUUGAAUAUUUUAGGUCCUAUUCGGCAGCUUUUGUGCCAUUUUAGACAUUUAAAAUCUUUUUAGGUUGUUUUAGCCCACAUCCAAGCGACUUUGGACAAAUUUCAGUAAUUCUGGACACAUAUAAAGUUAUUUUGGACAAAUUCAACGUGUUUUUGGGACAUCUUUAAACAUUCUGAACAUUUUAAGGUCAUUUCUGGCAGCUUUGGGGUCAUUUCAGACAUCUUCAAGUCUUUCCUGUCAUUUCAGACUGAAUCUGAGCGAUAAUUUGCUGCAGGAACAAUCAGGCUUUAACUCCCUCAGGAACUAGAAUGUCACAUUUUACAUGGACAACACUUCAAAUCUGGACAGAUCAGGAAGGAUUUGAUUGUAGAUGGAGAGAAGAACUGAAAACAACAGAGUUUGCUGUGAAACGAUCUAAAAACGUUAUUUCCUGUAAACGGCUGUUUGGAGCUCAAAGUGAUUUCUGCAGGUUUGUAGGACGUGAUGAAUGAUGGAAACCAGACAAACACACAGAAGAUAAACCUGACAGCAGAAACAGAACCAACUACAGAUCCGUGCAGUUCCGCAAACGGCCACCGGGUGGCGCUGCUGCACCUGAAACAGAACUGAAGCAGACAGUCCUCUUUGUUCACCUCUGAGCUCCAGCAGCAGCUCCUGAUUCGUUUUAAAGUCCUGCUGCUCUGAGGAACCAGAAUGAAGAAGGAGAGAACCCAGAGACGUUAGAACGACAGAAAAAGAGACGUUUAUUUGAUUAUUUAAUCUACAAAACUCGUCCACAAUGACUUCAAAUUCCUCCAGAAUCCCUGGGAUCAUUUAAAAUGACUCAGAAUCACAUCAAAGACGUCCAAACGGAAUCAGUUUGUCCAAAAUGAUUUAGAACUUGUCCAGAAUUAUGUGAAAGUUUUCCAAAAUGAUUAAAAAAUAGCCUCAAAAUGUGUCCAGAAUGACUUGAAACCUUUCUACAUUCAUGCAAAAUACGUCCAAAGUUACUUGAAUCUUUUCUAAAUGGACUAAAGAAUUUGUCCUCAUUUUUCUCCACUGUGAUUUACUUUUAACCUUCCAGUAAGCUGUGUUCCUAUUGGCUGUCCAGGUGGCUGCUUGGUGUCAUCAGGAACACCUGAGCAGCUCAGUGUCUUCCUGCUUUAUGUCUGCAGUCAAACAUUUCCUCUGCUUCUCUUCACUCUACCGGGUUUGGCUCCGUUGCUUUAGUUUGUUCUUUAGGCGUUGGCUUGUAGCUUCCAGCAGUAAAAUCCUCUUUAAUGUGUUUCUUGGUGUGUUUUAGGGCUUUGUACUGAUAGUUGUCUUGGUAAAUGUGGUU